CGCGACCCGCCUCACGCCCGCCCUCCUCACGCCCAUGCGAUCUCUCCAGCUUUGCGCCCUCCUCUGGCUCACCGCCUGCGCACAUGCUCUCCAUCUAUACCUCGACACCGACGAGAGGCGCUGCUUCAUCGAGGAGCUUCCCACUGACACGAUUGUAGAGGGUCACUACAGAGCGUUGGAAUGGUCGGAAAAGGAUCAAGCAUACGUCGAGAACCCGGAGCUGGGGAUUCUUGUGGAAGUAGAUGAACUAGAAACGAGCCAUAACGUCGUGAAGACGCGCGGGCCACCGGAGGGCCGCUUCACGUUCACGUCGCACGAGGCGGGCGACCACUCCAUCUGUCUCUCGGCGUCGUACCCAUCAACGGGCUCGUGGCUCGGCUCAACGCACGUCCGCCUCUACCUCGAUAUCGUCGUCGGCGCGACAGCCCCAGACUCGGAGCACGACCGCACGCACGUCUCGGAGCUCUCCUCCAAGCUGCGCGACCUCAACCUGAAGCUCGAGGACAUCCGCCGGGAACAGCAGUACCAGCGCGAGCGCGAAGCGAACUUCCGUGAUCUCAGCGAGCAGACGAAUUCGCGUGCGGUAUGGUACAGCCUCGUGCAGAUCGUUGUACUGGUUGCGACGUGUGCAUGGCAACUCAGGCAUCUGAGGCGAUUUUUCGAGGACAGGAAGAUGCAUUAAGUCUGGCCUUGAUGCUGAGCCAUGUUUCAUAUGUAUACAAUCUGAUUCAUUUGGGUCUUGCACUGAAAUCGUUGUUGUCAAUGGCGUGGCUGAAUGUGUCAUUUACCAUCACGAAACAUUGGUGACAUGUGAGUAUGUUGCCCACUGGAAGCAUGAACCCAUUCACUCUCA